AUGGACAAAAAGGACGCUACAGCUCGUUUGUUACCACCAAUUGACGCCUCCUACCAGCCUGCAAGGGCGGUCACCAAAAUACCGGCAACGUCUACUCUAGAGGAGAUUCUAGAGAUCCUAGAGCGGGAUGGCGGAGUUAUUCUAACCGAUUUUGCUUCAAAAGAGACUAUGGAUAAGAUCGAUGUGGAACUGGAGCCUCAUACGAAACCUAUCGUUGCCAAUGAUUCAUACGACGACUUUAUUGGAAAAAAGACUCUCGUUAUCCCCGGCCUGAUUGCAAAGUCUGACACCCUUGCCAACAUCCUUGAUACCAAUGAGACCAUAGAGAAACUCCUCAAAGUGAUUCUAGAAGAGAGAUAUCCAGCAGUUUUUGAAGGGCAUACUGAGGAACUCGUCGUUGAUCCGCUGCUGAGCAUUGCCAUGGGUUUCCAUGUUGGCCAAGGCUCUCCUCGUCAGGCACUACACAGAGAUGACAUGAUUUUCUCUAGCAAACACCACCCAAACAUGAAGAUUAAUGAAGUAGACGGUUUUAGCUGCUUUAUUGCGGGAAGCAAAAUCACUCGCGAAAACGGAGGUACGAUGGUUAUCCUUGGUUCUCAUAAGUGGGAGCAUGAUAGACGUGGCCGACCUGACGAGGUUUCUUUCCUUGAAAUGGAGAGGGGUUCGGCUUUCAUUUUCCUUAGCACUAUGGCUCAUGGCGCAGGAUACAAUACAAUUCCGGGAGAGAUUCGUAAGAUUAUGAAUCUUGUCUUUUGCCGAGGGACCCUUCGUCAGGAGGAGAACCAAUUUUUGUGUAAUCCUCGAAGCAAGGUCCUGAAGAUGAGCCCAAAGAUGCAAACCCUACUCGGGUUCAAGAAGCCAGCGGGAACUUGGCUAGGAAUGGUUGAAAAUGACGACCCAGCGAAGGAUCUCGCUGCCAUUUACGAGAAGAUAUUGCAGUAA